AUGUCAUUACCACGUUUAUUUCAUCAUAUCGAUGGUAUCGAAGCCGUUCUAGUAUUAGAUAAAGAUAGUCUACCCAUAUUAAAAUUGCCAAAUGCACAAACAGUCGACAAUUUACAAUUAGUUGUACCAUCAGCACAAGUAUUGAGUGAUCAAAGUCAAAGGAUGAAUUUGAAGAAUAUAAAAACAGUUGUCACUUAUUGGUCAUCACGGCAAAUUAUUACCUAUAAUAUACCACCAUUUAUAUUUAUUGUAGCUGCUGAUACAAAUGUGAAUACGGGAGCAUUAUUGAAUCUAUAUAAAGAUUUUUGUCAAAUUGGAGAAGAAUUAAAUAAAAUCAAAAUGCUCUCGUCAGAUGACUAUUAUGUUGAUGAAUAUACCGACGGAUAUGAUGAUGACACAUUGUUUACUUAUCAAGACUGGAUAUUUGAUGAAAAAACCUAUUUUGAUGAUUAUUUACCGUAUAGUGACGGUAUCCGUGGUGUUCAGAUGUGUUUAAUGAUGAAAAUGAUUUCGUUUUCUAUCGAUUAUAAAUAUUUUGAACAAACAUUUCCAUCACCAAAUGAAAAUAUUCAACAACUAACAGAAGAACAAGAUACAUUUGUUAAAUGUCUAUCUACAACAGAAUUUUUAAGUUAUAUGUUAUCAAUUAAUAAUACAGUAUUUGGACCAUGGUUAAAUUAUCGAAAUUAUAUCAGAUAUUUUCAGACAACGAAGAAUCUUGUUGUCAUUCGAAAAAUAGAUUUUUUUGAAUUAAUUAAAUGGUUUUAUUGUCUAUUUAAAAUAUGUUUAUGUCUAAUUAUAUCAAAUUGUUUUACAGACUGGUUUCAACAAAUUACAUUUUUUUUUGAUAGUCAUACAGAGGCGAGUGAUAGUUGGACAAAUGCUUAUUUUCAAGCAUUAACCUAUCGUUUUAGUCAUUACUGUAUAUGUUUUAUUGGUGAAUUAUUUGGACUUAUCAGUGGUAUUGAAUUCGAUGUGGAAGAAUAUAAAAAUUAUCAAGAAAUAUAUCAACAAUACAAAGAAAAAAUAAAUGAAAAUGACAAAGUUGUGACAGAAAUUUUAACUAGAAAAAAAUCACAUGAAAAGAAAAAUAAACAGUUAUCAAAGAAAUAUACCGAACAAAAGGAGGAUCAAAAACUAGAAAAUAUUCAUUUAACAAUGCCAACAACUGUCACAGAUAGUAAUGAUCCAGUGGUCGUGAAUACGGUUGAACCAAGUGAAAUCAACAAAGGUGAUAUACAAGAAGACACAAAUGUAAAUAUAGACGAAAGAAAUCUCAAUAUUCCACAAGAAUUAAUGUUUCCAAUUAAUGUAGACACAACUGAUACAAUGAAUAAUAAUCGUGAUGAUAACAUCGAAGCAGAUAAUAGUUUAGAAAAAGUUAAUCAAGAUAGUGAUAAAAUGACAGUUUAUCCUCAACCAUAUCGUUCACCAAUUAUUCGACGUUCAUCAAAUUCAAUGUCAAAGAAAAAAUCAUUAACAGCACCAUUGAAAAAAAAAUUGAGUUCAUCUCGAUCAUCUUUUACUCUCACUGCUAAACAACAACCAUUUGUUGCAACAACGAAAAAAUCAUCAGAAUUAGUGUCACUAUGUCGAUCUUCAUCCAUUGUUAAACCCUAUGAAAUUGAACUUCCUCAUUCUUUAGUUGACGUUGUUAUCAAUUGGAAUAUUCCCAUGCACUAUUGGUUGAAAAUUUAUGUUUAUAAACCGAUGAAAUUAAAAUAUGGCCACUUUUUAUCAAUAUUUGUUACAUAUUUAGCUUCAGCUCUAUUACACGGAUUUAAUUUUCAAUUAUCAAUUGUUCUAUUAUCUAUCGGUAUCUUUGCUUAUGUUGAAUAUGGUUAUCGAAAAAAACUAUCAAACAUUUUAGAUUCAUGCGUUAUGGCAAAAAAUUGUUUAUCAUGUGAUCAUAGCUAUAAAUAUUGGCAUCCAUUAACAUUCACAGUAAAUUGUUUAUUAUCUGUUUUAAGUCUUUGGCAUUUAACAUAUCUUGGACAAUUAUUUGAUAAUUCACAACAACAAUAUAUUGGUUAUAGUUUACAACAUACAUUAGAAAAAUGGUCUAAAUUAAAUUUUGCAAGCCAUAUUGUUGUUAUUUGUACAUAUGCAAUAUUCAGAUCAUUGUAA